AUGGCUUCAGCCCUCAAAUCUGUGCUGAUUGUGAUUCUGUGUGCGCUGCCGCUCAUUCUCUGCCGCUGUCCGGCAGACGAAGCUGUGGACUGAUGCCUGAGCACUAAAGACACUCGCAUUCCGAUGCAGAUUGUUGCAUCCUACUUUCACCAAACCACAGAGUGUGGUUGUGCUAUUGCAGCUACUGUAUUCAUCACCAAAAAGGACAAGAAACUGUGCGCUCCACCAGAGAAGAAUACCUGGAUUACUAAGAUCAUCACUCACUUAGACAAGAAGAAAAAAACUUGCCAGUAGAAACACAGAUGGGAGGUGAACAUGGUGGCCCUGCACUGAGCAACACUGGACAGACAGGAAGUGACUACACUUAAUCAUUAACUGCCACAGUGAUUUUUUAAAAAGAUAUAUACAAAGCAUUUCAGAAAUCAUGUGAGGAAUGCAUGGUGGUCCAAC